AUGUCCAGCUGUGGCAUGUGUGUGCACCCAGGUAUCUCUCACCCAGGGAAACCUGUGCUCAUCAACUGUAGAUCCCCUGAGAAGGAGACCUUUACAUGCCGGUGGGACCCUGGUUUUGAUGGAGGACUACCCACAACCCACCACCUCUAUUACCAGAAAGAAGACUCCGAUGGAAUGUACGAGUGUCCAGAUUACCAAGCUGCAGGGAGCAACUCGUGCUUCUUCAACAAGAGCCACACCUCUAUAUGGGUCAACUACAACAUCACAGUGGUGGCCAUCAACUCUCUGGGCAGCACUGUCUCUGACCCGCUGGAGGUGGAUGUUAUGUAUAUUGUCCAGCCCAAUGCCCCAGAGAAUGUGACAGUGUCUGUGGUGGAGACUGAGGAGAGUCCACACCUCCUGGUGAAAUGGGAGCCCCCUCAUGAGGCCGACACACGCUCUGGCUGGAUCACUCUUACCUACCAACUACGGCUGAAACGACAGAAUAAGAAGGAGAGCGAGUGGGAGGAGUAUGCCUCAGGGAAGCAGACCCAGUUGAUCAUCUACAGUCUGCAUCCAGGAGAGGUCUACAUGGUCCAGCUUCGCUGUAAACUAGACCAUAGCCUCUGGAGCGAGUGGAGCACCACUACACACACAGAGGUCCCUGACUACAUUCUGAAGGAGCGAUCGAUCUGGAUUGUGGUCACCGUCUUUUCUGCUUUUAUAAUCCUGCUUGUUACCUUCACCCUGGCCAUGAAGAGAAAAUAUGUGAAGCAUUGUCUUCUGCCUCCUGUUCCUGGUCCAAAGAUAUCAGGACUAGAUACACAACUCCUCAAGAGUGGGCGGUCGGAGGACAUUUUAAGCUCUCUGAUCAACCAGAGCUUUCCUCCCACCAUAUCCACUAAGGACCAGCAGGUGGACUAUCUGCUGGUGUUUGAUAGUGAACAGGUGACACCAGAUCUUCAGAAUGGACGAACAAGGACAAAGAACUCCAUAGAUCAUGGUUGCUAUAACCACAGCCUUUUGAUGAAGGUUAAUAAUGAAGUAAAAGUUGGAAGCAGAGAGAUGGUGGAACAGGGUUAUUCUGAGGGGCUUGAAUCUACUUUUAGGAAGACCAAGAGCCUGUCCACUGACGUUACAUCUCACCCAUGUCCUCAGAAGAAGCCAUUCAACAAUGUUACUGAAACGCCAAAGCAAGCGCCUGUUUCCAGCAAGUAUCGAUCCUUAAGCCAUCAUAAAGAUCUCUGGGACAGCUUAGCCAGACAUCUAGACUACAGGGAAACAGUGGUCAAGAGCCAAUCAAACUGUGAUGACAAACAUAAUUUGUCAUCACAGAAUAUUGUGACUCCCUCGAAGGCCAUUGGUUGUGUGGAGGUUCAGAGGUGGACAAAGAGCAUAGGCCUACAGGUGCAGGUACCUGAGAUGGAUAAGAAGCAGGAGGACUAUAGCAAAGUGAGUGUGGUGGAGAAUGAUAAUAUAGUGCUGCUCAAGAGAGAAACGGUCCCCCUCAAUUGCACUUCCUGUAAGGUAAGAGGCAAUCAUUCAGAGAAAUGUCUCCAGAAGCCAUGUAAACCUAAUAUGACAGUGCCUGCAAAAGAGGGAGUGCAUAUAGGAUCUAAUGGUUAUGUGGAGCCUGUCAUUAUCACACUUUAUAAAAUGUAA